AUGUCGUUCCCUCAGACUACGCCUGCGCGGCCCGUGCCUGGCGCGUUUCUCAACACUCCGGCCGUCGCCUCGAGAUUCCAGAACACCCAGGAUCCCGUUCGCCGACAACUUUUCCCUGUAUCAGAAGGCAGCGGACAGACCAGCAACUCCAACCUAGCUGCUAGAUCUCUUAGCUCGCCGUCGCUUGCUCUUCAGAGCGCUGGCACCGGCGCCGCUCAGGGAGAAUCUGCGCUGGUUGGCACGAAUCCCCUGGUCGCUCCCUUGCCGCGCAUCGAGAAUGCUCCGCCGAUUGUCAAGGCCGCAAAGGCUAUUAAUGCUUUCUUGCAGAGCGAUGAGCACUUCCCCGAUCUCGAUUCCUAUUGCCGACAGGGCGCUUCGUCCGACUACGAGCUGCCCGGAAGCGAGACUGCUUGGGCACCGUUCCAUAAGACGCAAAUGUACCCGAUCCCGAACCAAGUUUUCGAUCACUACAACGCCGGCGAGCUUCAGACUCUGAUGGGCCUCUUUGCUGAGAUCAACCACGCUUGGGUUGUCAUUGACAACUCUCUCUUCCUGUGGGAUUACACACACCCCGACCCCGAGCUGAUUGGCUUCGAAGACCAGCCGCAUACGAUCCACGCUGUUGCUUUGGUACCGCCCAAGCCCGGAAUCUUUGUCAAGACCAUUACACAUAUCCUCGCUGUCGCGACGUCAUCCGAGAUGAUUUUGCUUGGUGUCUCUGCGACGCCAACUGCAGCUGGCACCAAGUCUGUCUCGUUAUAUCAGACCAAGAUGUCGCUGCCUCUGCGUGGCAGCGAUGUUCGCGUCAUCACAGGUUCCGCGGACGGACGUAUCUUCUUUGGUGGAACGAGCGAUAUCGACAUCAACGAACUCUAUUAUCAAUCCGAGGAGAAGUGGUUCUCGAACCGAUGCGGCAAGAUCAACCAUACCAACCCUGGCUGGUCGACAGUUGUGUCUAUACAAUCUGGUCUUUGGGGCGCUAAAGACCCGGAACAUCUCGUGGAUAUUGUUAUUGACGAUUCGAGAAAGCUAGUCUACACCUUGUCGAGCAAGUCCACCAUCCGCACAUAUCACAUGGAGGCUCCGGACCGAUUGACCAAGGUCAUUGAAAAGGAAAAAGUUCACUGCCUUCGCGACAUUACUCACAUGGUCACCCAGACCAAGCUUCUUACAGACCGCAUUAAGAUUGUUUCCAUUAGCCCGAUUUCGAAACAGGAAGCUUCUAAACUACAUCUCAUGGCUCUUACAGAUACGGGUUGCCGCCUUUUCUUCAGUGCCACCAGCGCUUCUUCCUUCCUAUAUGGCUCGCAGUCUAAUGUCGCCCCUCAAAGCAUGCAGGUCCAGUUUAUCAAAUUCCCACCAAACCCCAACUCUCGACGCCCUGGCCAAUUUGGCGGCAUGGGCAUGCAGAAUGAAAUCACUGUGGACUUGGACUCUACCAUUCUCGUGCCGAGCCGACAGGGUGCCCGAUUCUCUCCUGGAUACUUUUUGGAUUUCGUUAGCAAGGAGGGCGAUGCCAACUCGGACGCCCUUUUCGUCUCUGGCCCAGAAACUGGCCGCAUUAAGCACACAUCUCCCACUGCUCCUCUUCGCUACUACGAGCAGGCAACAUGGAUCGAUAUCGGAAGCAGAGCCGAAGCCGUCGGAUUGAUCACCAAGCCAUUUGCUGCUUCUUCACAACCUGUCGGAUUCGGUAACGAGCUGGCAGUUCAGUUUGAUGAGCCUCCGUCAGAAUUCGCCGUCUUGACCAACACUGGUAUUCAUGUUAUCCGCCGUCGUCGUCUUGUAGACAACUUUGCUGCUGCCAUUCGCGAUGCUCCUGGUGACGAAGCUCUGGAUGUCGUCUGCAGGCGUCUCAUCCAACUCUACGGCCGUGUUGAAACGGUUUCUACUGCUCUCGCUGUUGCCUGUGGUCACGGCGGUGACGCUCGCCCUGGAGCUGCCAGAGCAAUUGACCAGAACACUGAGGACCGCGCCCGUGGUCUCUUUGUCGAUUUUGGUGGUCAGCCAACCAUUGCUGAGACGGAUGGCCAGCCCCUCACAACCGAGUCUGUCAAGCUUUCAUCGCGUCAUGAUGCUCUGGCUCUCUACCUUGCCCGUCUUAUCCGCAAGGUUUGGCGAGUUCCUGUCAUCAAGUCGGGUGUAUCUCCUACUGGUGGUGUCACUGUUGAAUCCGCUGUUCCCUUGGCCAAACUAGCCAACACCCAAGAAAACCUCGAGCGAUUGCGAAAGUUUAUCGAGGCCAACCGUGGCCUUAUCCAAGGCAUGAGCGGACCUGCUGACCUUCAGCUCGUUGCCACCCGUCAAGAAGAGGUUGCCCUUCAGGCUGAGCACCAGGCGCUCCAUGCUCUGCAAAAACUUAUGGAAAGCAUCUCUGAGGGUAUCUCAUUUGUCCUCAUGCUUUUCGAUGAGCGAGUAGCGGACAUUUUCACAAGACUCGACGAGACAGCUCGCCAGCAGCUCAAGGAACUCACAUACGAAAAGCUGUUUUCGCAGGCAGACGGCAAGGAGCUGGCCAAGCUGCUUGUCAAGGCCAUUGUCAACCGAAACAUUGAGAGCGGCUCGAAUGUCGAAACUGUUGCUGACGCCCUCCGCAGACGUUGCGGCAGCUUCUGCAGUCCUGACGAUGUCGUUGUCUUUAAGGCUCAGGAGCAGCUUAAGCGCGCUUCUGAACAACCACUCAACACAAACCACUCGCUAACAUUACUCCUCGAGAGCUUGAAGCUGUUUGAGAAGGUGGCUAGCAGCCUGACAUUUAACAACCUGCAGAGCAUUGUGUCACAAUACGUUAACCUACGCUACUACGCCGGUGCCAUCCGACUAUGCUUGGUUGUCGCCAGGGAGAAGGAUCGCGGCAACAGCGCGCUGCUGUGGAUUAACGAUGGCAAGCCGGCCAACGACCCGCGCGCCACCAAGUUUGACGAGCGCAAGAAGUGCUACGACAUGAUUCACGAAGUACUGCGCAAUCUUGACGAAGCUUCGAGCAAGGAGCCCGAGAUGGUGGACGGCAAGAUGACCGUCAUGGCUGUGAAGAGAAUGGAGGCUUACGACGUGGUUAACGGCUCUGACGAUGAAGUAUUCCACUUUGAUCUCUACGAGUGGUACAUCCAACAGGGCUGGACAGACCGAAUUCUGGCCAUUGAGUCGCCGCACGUCAUCACCUUCUUGCAGCGCUUGGCUGGCACCAACGUGGAGCACGCCGAUCUGCUCUGCCGCUUCUACACCAACCGCAGCCGCUUCUUCGACGCUGCCGAGGUCCAGGCACAGCUUGCCAACUCGGACUUUGGCAUUGGUAUCAAGGACCGCAUCCGCAUGCUCAGCUUGGCUAAAGCCAACGCCAACGUUACUACGGUUGGUGUAAGCCGCCAGCAGCAGCAGAUGCUCAACCACGAGGUCACAGAUCUCCUCGAGAUUGCGAAUAUCCAGGACGACCUGUUGGAGCGCCUCAAGCUCGACGACCGUAUCGACCGCGAGCGCAAGCAGGAGAUUGAACAGGCUCUCGACGGCAAGAUACUGUCUCUGUCAGAACUCUUCAACGACUAUGCCGACCAAGCGGGCUACUACGACCUAUGCCUGCUCAUCUACCACACUGCCAACUACCGCAACCCAACCACGAUUGCUGGUACAUGGAGCAACCUCAUCCAACAGACACACGACGAGAUUGUAUCGAGGCUGGAGAACCCCGAGCCCGGCGAGCCCACACCCCCACUGCCCUACGAGGCGGUUUCAAGCAAGAUCCAAAACAUUGCGCACCACACAUCGCUCGACAGCUUCGUCUUCCCCAUCGAGACGCUGCUGCCUGAGCUGUGCCGCUACGCUGUGGCAUACCAGCAAGACACGACAAUUGGAGCUGACCCAUCGUGGCCUGUCCAGCUGUUCCUUGCGCUGGGUGUGUCGCAUGAUAUGAUUGUGCGCGUGCUUGAGAACAUCUUUGACACGCAAGACUACGGCUUCAGCGGCAUGGUGCGCAACCGCAUCAUCGAGAUCAUCGUCUACGUCGUCAACGACUGGGUAGGCGAGGUUCGACGCCGCGGAGGCGCUCUUAAGGGCAGCUCCAUCACAGCCAGCGUCGGUGAGCUUCUCGGCCAGUGCGAGGCGGCGCUGCCUCCUCCCGGCCACGGCAGCAACCACGGCGGAGCGGAUCUGGCCGAGGUGCGCCGCGUGUUGAAGACGCUGCGCCGCGAGGUGGGCGGUCUUGUCGAGCGCGCGCCAACCGGCAGCAUGCGAUUCAUGUAAAGGAAAAGAAGGAGAAGGCAGAGUAUGUAUGUGUGAUGGAAAGGAGGGUUAUUUUUGGACGUGGUCUUUGUGUUCAACAGCUUUUAUUUCCCGGGGAUAACUUGUAUUGUCGUUUCUUUCGUUCUUGUUUGUCUCUUUUAGAAAAGGAAUGAUGCUAGCACAUAAUGCAUUGUGAUUUGCGCUUACGUCUUGUAUCUUGACAGUCUUGGUUGAUUUGCAUGUAAUUACAUACA